AUGGAGAGAAAGAUGGGUUUGCUCCUCCUCACCGCAGCCUUCUCCGCUGCCGUGUUCACGCAGAUGGCAGCCUCCACCGUCGUUCCGGCGAUCUACGCAUUCGGGGACUCCACGACGGACGUGGGGAACAACAACUUCUUGCCGGGGAACCAAGCGAAGGCAAACUUCCCUCCCUACGGGAUUGACUUUCCGCGCAGCAGGCCCACCGGGAGGUACAGCAAUGGCUACCUCGUGGUGGACUAUAUGGGUAGGCCUCCCUCCCUCUUUGUUAUCUUCGACGUGCCUCCAUAGAGACCAAUGGAGCAGCGGGAGAAUUUAGAAUUCGUGUUCGCGUCAUUUGUGCAGCAAAGAAGCUGAAGUAUAACAAGAGCCCCCCGGCGUACCUCUCCAUCUCCAACGACGCGCAGGCGAACCGCGGCGUGAACUUUGCCUCCGGGGGAUCGGGUAUCUUCGACGCCACCGUAAGUUUCGAACCGUCAGAUGGAAAUCACCUUGCAAUUUGUCGUACAGUCUGAAGUAUUCAUCCGAAGUUUCAUUUGUCUUGGAAACUUCAACUGACUAUCUGUUCUUUCAACCGGAUGGAUCGAUCAGGGCCAGAACUUCUCCAUUUCCCUGAACCAGCAGAUUAAGUACUUCAAAGGAAUCACUCGUCGGCUGAGGACCCGAAUUGGCGGCCGCGCAGCCCACUGCUUCCUUUCCAAGUCCUUAUUCGUUUUCAGCACGGGAAGCAAUGAUAUGUUCCGUUUCUACGUGAACUUCGGACUUAAGAAUGAGACCCAACAGCAGCUGUUCAUUGGACAGUUGACCGGCCAGUUUAGAAACCAGUUGGAGGUACUCUUCUCUCUCUCUCUCUCUCUCUCUCUCUCCCUCCCCUCAUCUGUUCUCCUAUCUACGGCGAAUUAUGUAUAUGAUAGUCGCUGUAUUUAAUGGAACCCGACCAUGACAGACGCUGUACGAUCUCGGAGCGAGGAAAUUCGCGGUGUUCGGCUCCUCCCUCAUCGGCUGUAUCCCCAUUCUACGCUUGGGCGUGCCCGGCGCAAAAUGUGUAGAAGACUUAAACAAUCUCUCACAGCAGUUCAACAGGGCCACACAGAUCGUCCUGCGUGACCACGCCUCCACCUUGAAAAGUUUCUCCUAUUCCUUCAUCAACUCCUACGACUUCUUCACCCUUGUCUCGUCCCAACCGCUAAAAUAUGGUAUGCGCAUCCCCCUGAUCUUCCUCUUCCACCCGACUUUCCUCUACGGAUUGCUCUGAUGUCGUCUUCUCGGCCUUUUCGAAGGGUUUACGGACAUCGUCUCCGCUUGCUGCGGCUCCGGGAGAUUGAACGCCGAAUCAGAAUGCAGGCCCAAUUCGACCUACUGCUUCAACAGGGACGAAUAUAUCUACUGGGACCGGGUCCACCCCACCCAGGCUACUUACCGGCUGAUCGCCCUCACGGCGUAUCGUGGGCGUCGGUACGCUUCACCCGUAACCAUCAAGCAGCUGGUCGGUCUUUGA